GAUUCGCGGUCUGUCCAAACUAUAAUCUAACUUUAUAAUGUCUGACAGAUGCUCCAAUGUUAAAUGUUAAACAAUGUUAAAACUUAAAAGUACUUGUUUAAAAACGAAUUGCUUAGCACACUCUUCUCAAACCCUCGCCCAUUGCGUCGUCUGACAUGGCAUCUGCUGGGUUCCGCUUUCCGUAUGUGAAAAAAUAAAUAAAGAUCCAUUACCGGAUGCGUUUAGUUUUGGUUUUAACUCAACUUGCUGUCAACCCGGAAAGAGGCUGCGCUCGAGGCACGGGGCUCGGCUUUCGGCGCGGAACUUUCAUCUGUUUUGGCGGAUAAAUGAACGCAUGUUGUGCGUGUAUUGUGUUCUGAGAGCGCGCUGAAUAACACACACACAGCAGAACACGGAUGAGUCACCAGACUUUGGGACUUUGGAAGUGAAAUCUGGGACAUGCCUUACCUGGACAGACAAAAUCGGACCUGUGGAUUCCUGGAUAUUGAGGAAAAUGAAAACAGUGAUAAGUUUUAUCGGCGUUAUUUUAUCUUGGAUACUCAUGAGAAUUUUCUCCUCUGGUAUAUGGACAAUCCACAGAACUUACCUCCGGGAACAAAGUUUGUUGGAAAUUUACGACUCAGUUACAUUUCAAAGGUUAAUGAAGUAUCAGUAAAGCAGAAACCAAAAGCAGAAUUCUGCUUUGUAAUAAAUGCAUUGUCCAGACGGUACUUUCUGCAGGCCAAUGAUGCUUUGGACUUGAAGGAAUGGGUCAUUGCUCUGAAUAAUGCCACCAAAAUUACAGUUCCAAAAGCAUCACCAGUGACCCAAAGCACUGAUGCCACAAAUGUUUCAAACCCAAGUCAGUCAACAUCUCGACAGGCGUAUAAAACAGCAAUUGUGGGAGGUGUGGUUGUGCACACGCCAGUCCAGCAGAGCGAUAAUGAGGACGUCUUCACGAGUGAACUAGGAUCACACGUCACUUUAAGGAGAUGUCAGAGUGUGCGUCCAAAUGUCUCGAGGUCUGGCUAUUGUGUCAAGCAAGGCAAUGUGAGGAAAAGCUGGAAGAGGAGGUAUUUUAUUCUAGAUGACCAAACUGUGAGCUACUAUAAAUCUGAAAUGGAUAAGGAGCCAUUACGCAGUAUUCGACUGCAGGAUGUGCUGAAAGUUAAUGAGUGUCUUGUGAAAUCAGGAGAUCUGCUGUCUCGUGAUAACCUUUUUGAAAUCAUCACCAGUACCAGAACCUUCUACAUCCAGACAGACACCCCAGAAGACAUGAAGGGCUGGAUCAAGGAUAUCUCCUCAAAACUUCAAGACUUCAGAGGACCGUCUAAGUUGCGCUGUUCCGGCAAAGUCUUUUCUGUGCAGAGGAAACCUCAGCUUGUGAAGUCCUGCUCCACUGUAGAUUCGUGGCAGCCCUGGACCCCGGUGCCCAAUCAGGAGAAGCAUUUGAAGGAAGAGGGUCAGAGAGAAGGGCCGUACAGCUCUCUUCCCUCACUCUCACACAUGAGCCACAUCUUUCAGUCAACGACUCGACAAUCUCGACAACGACACCAUUCCCAGCCUCAGCUCGCUCCCAGCGACACAGACUUUCCUGACAGUCUUGACAAUCUCCGCUCCACUGAUGUUUAGUUUGCUUUGAUGAAUACUGCUGGCCAGCACAUGGACAGUGUUAUGAUUUUAGCUUUUUGAUUGUUGCUUUACUUGUUUAGUGGUGUGCACACAAGAGCUUCAGUCAUUGCAAUGCUGCUCACUCACUCUAAAGGAAUAGUUCCUAAUUAGUACCCAAAACUUCUGUCAUUAUUUACUCAAUCACCUAUAAAACUCCAACAAGCAAUGUAUGGCAAGAAUUGUGUACCAAUUCUUCAAGCAGUUGUACUUUUGUCUUUCUACAGAAAAAAAAAACAAUACUUUUGGAACAAUAACCAAAAAAAAAAAGA